ACAGAAUAAUCAGUAAUUAAGCAGUAUCUUGAAAGACAGCAGUUCAACUUAGUCUAUUUCUGUCAUCAUGUCUUUCACCAUGAAAAUAUCUCUUAUUACGCUGAUAAUCUGCAUAAUCAGCAUGGAGGCAACAAUUUCUCAGGACAUUCCAGCCCUUCAAGGCUCUUUCUGCCUGGAGUCAAACGUUUUGUACGACUUUGACAUGACAAAAUUUGAGUUCUCCUGGAAAAUGAAUGGAUUAAAGAAAUAUUACGAAAUUUCAAAAACGUUGGAACGACCAUUAAUAAUCGCGAGAUCAAUUGCAUUCUCGCCCCCUAAUCAAAUUGGAUACACGGCAAAUAUAACUUUCAAUCUUCCUCUGAAAGAUGCAAAAGGUACUUCAAAACUUGGAUCAAGAACAACUUUGAUACUCAUCAAACGAAAUGGAGAGAAGGUUGAUCUUAGGGAGGAAAAACUUAUAGAGUUUGAAGCUGAAGUUUGGCUUAACUCUGAUAAGGGUAAGGUCACUACCGGACCAGCGGUAGGAGAUAAAGGGUACAAUCAGGAAAUCGACUUCAAUACGUACUACAAAAUAAACGCCACAGACCUAGAGAGAGUUUUAGGAGUUGGGAGUAAUGAAGAACGUCCAGUUGAUUUCGUCGUUAUUUUACGACAAUACAAACUUCCUUCUGCAAUAUCGACCAGGGACACGGGGAGGCAAUGCAGCAAUUAAUUAGAUGAAAUUACCACCGAUGACCGAAUGAUGAUCUAUCUACACUUUCGCCUUAUAGACAAGUCGGGUAUUGAUUUUGUUGAGAUAAUUGCAUAUAUUAAAAUUUAAUUUAAAUGCAAAACUACAUAGGGUUCAAUAAAAUGAUAAUUUCCUAAUA